AUGGUAGGCUUCGAUGCAAAAAAUUUACAUAUUCUUGAUACGAAAUGUAUUUGUCCUGUGUGUUUAUUGAUAUUACGCGAUCCUGUACAAUUGACUGAAUGUGGCCAUCGUCAGUGUCAAACAUGUGUAAAUGUUGAGCAAGAAACAACAAUUAAAUGUCGACAAUGUCAAGUAGAAACAUUACCAACUCACGUACGAGUUGAUCGGGGCUUCAAAAAUGAUAUGAAAUCACUAUCUAUUGAUUGUUGCUUCUGCCAGUGGACUGGUGUCUUAGAUAACUAUCAAGAACAUCUCGAUCAAUGUCAUUCAAAUCUCAAAUGUGAUUAUUAUGGCAAUCAGUUAAAUUCAGUUAACAAAUUCAAUGAACAUAAAGUCUUCAAAUGUCAACAACUGACUGUUGACUGUGAAUUGAAAGAUUUCGGUUGUAAUGAACGAAUUAUUCGUAGCAAAAUGAAAGAUCAUUAUUUGACUCAACAACACCAACACACCGUAGUAAAAGCUGUUAUUCAAAUGUUAUCACAAUUAAACGACAGACAAGUGGAUAUUGAUCUUCCUCGAACAACAACUGCAGAAGUUCGUAAUCCUGCUACAACUCAAUUAGAAAAGGUUUAUGAAGUGCUCAAUAUCUUGGCAAAUGGCAUGGAAAUAUCGACCAAUUAUCAACAACGUGUAAGCAAUCUAUCACUUUCAACAUUGACAGAGGAAUUAUCAACAGUUAAAUUAUCCAUUGAAGAAUCAAUUGCUUUUUUGGAAGGAGUAAAACAUAAUCAAGAUUUAGUAUCAUUGCAAGAACAGAUCGAUGAUUUGCAAUAUGCGUCUUGUGAUGGAACAUUUCUUUGGAAAAUUAAAAAUUUUCAAGACAAAACGAUUGAUGCACAAUCUGAAAGAGAAACAUCAAUUGAUUCUCCUCCAUUUUAUUCUUCUCCAACUGGUUAUAAAAUGAGAGCUCGUUUGUAUUUAAAUGGUGAUGGAAAUGCUCGUCGUACACACAUGUCACUCUUUUUUGCGCUCAUGCAAGGAGAAUACGAUGCCAUUAUCAAAUUUCCAUUCACUUAUAAAGUCACAUUUUGUUUGUAUGAUCAAACCCCUCAACAACAACAUAUUAUUGAUUCAUUUCGACCAGAUAUUAAAUCGAGUAGUUUUCAACGACCUCGAUCGGAUAUGAAUAUAGCUGCUGGUAUACCGAAAUUUAUUCCGUUGGAAAUUGUUCAACAGGAAGGAAAUCCAUAUGUACGAGACGAUACAAUGUUUAUCAAAAUUAUGGUUGAUUUUGGAGAAAUACCCAAAACAUUAUUGCCGUACGCUUUGAGUCUCAAUUCGGGUCUACCAUCGCAUGUCCAACAAACAAUGAUUGAUAUAGAAGCAAAAAAAAGAUCUGAAUAA